UGAUUUGGGUAGGUUCUAGCGGCUGGAGCGCCAGUACGUACGCGCGCCCACUCCCGUCACUAUGGUUAGUCCGCUGAGCGCUCGGUUGCGCAGCUCCCCGCGCUGUCUGCCGCCUCCUUGCUCAGCAUCGGCGAGAUAGCUCUCCCAAGCGCUCUCUAGGUCUGUUCGCCUACCUAGGAGUUCCUGGGUGUCACCAAACACGCCGUGCCGCCCCUUGUCCGGAGCCCCGUCGCAGGUGUUUAAGCAACGGUCCUGAGGAGGACCCGAGGAAAAUCAAGGUGAUGUCUUCCACGAGACUCGUUCCCACCUGGAAGGAUUUUAAAUACCUCAUAAAUGACAUCAUACAUGAAAACAAGGACUCUUCAGAUGACUCAAAGAAUGAUACUGUUGUGCUGAGUGACAGGUCCAAGAUACUGUUCAAAGAAUCUCGCUAUCCUCAAAAUAUGCCACUCAUCUGCCAUUACUUCUGUGAUGCCUACUUCUUCGCCUCCCUGUCCUGGGUGACGCCCCACUCAAAAGAAAUACAAGCUAUAGUGUGGAUGAAGAGCAGAUCUGAGGACAUGGUUGAGAAGAGAACGUUCCUCAUGACUGAGCGGCUGCCACCCAUCCAGUCAAUGGUCCACACGGGUUCGUUUCAUAUCCUCGUGGUCUACUGUGGUGACAUGCUCCUGCGCCUCUUUGGGGACCACUUCCGGGCAUUCAAACCCCUGGGCACAGUGCCCUGCCGCUUCAACGUCACCUGCCUCUGCUAUGACCCAGAAAUGAAGAUGCUUCUGUCUGGCAUCAGGGGGUCAGUGGUCACCUGGGUCAUUGAUCAAAGUGGCAAAGGCCUCCAAAUAGCUCACAUGUUUUCCAUGCCUGGAAAUGAGCUUGUCCAGCACAUCAUGCUGAAUGGCCCCAACGGCUCCCUCCUAGCCCUUUGUGAGACUGUGGUGAGAGCCCUUGAGCGUCAGGGCCAGGGCAGGCUGGGAGAGGUGAAGAAGUUCACGUCCACCUGCAGUGGCUCCUCUAUCACCUGCUGCUUCACCAGUUUGGAUCAGGGUUUUCUCUAUGCUGGAAACAAGGCCGGGGAGAUCCAGGUGUGGAACCUCAGUCACAACAAGGCCCUCCACAGUUUCAAGGCCCACUCCGCAUUAGUGGUAUGUAUCCGCAGCCGGUCAGAGGCCAACACCCUGCUAACAGCUGGCAAGGAAGGCUUAAUGAAGGAGUGGAACCUUACCUCAGGGAACCUGCUUCGGCGACUAGAACUUGGUGAGGAGCUGUACCGCCUCCAGUUUAUCGAUGACACUAUCUUCUUCUGCCAAACUACUUAUACGUUUUCCUUGCACUCUCUGCCCUGCUUCUAUAACCUCUUCCAUGUCUGUGGAUCUGCUCCCCAGCACGUGCAUCGGGUCUGCCGUGGUGAAAACUGGUACAGAAUCCUGUGCAUCACAGAAGAUGGCCUGUUGCGCUUUGUGUCCCCAAUAACAGGGGCGCUUCUGCUCCUCACCUGGCCCUUCUCAAUCCUGGACCAGGCUGUGGAUUGGGCCUAUCAUCCAGGCAAAGAGGAGCUGUUUGUGGCAACAGGCAGCACAGAUGUGCUGGUGUUAGACACAACCCGUUGUCCUUGCCCGGCCAAGUAUCUUUUAUGCACCUCACCAAAUUCUCAGGACUUUGUAUACUGCCUGGCUUAUGGGCAUUUCCACCUGGGGCGAGGGAUAGAAGGGCUGAUAUUCUCUGGGCACCAGAGUGGUAUAAUAAGAGUGCUUUCUCAGCAUAGCUGUGCCCGAAUAGAGAAAUUCGUACACUUUGGGGCUGUACUGGCACUCUCUACACUGUCUGCAGGGCUCCUGAGUGGCCAAGAAAACUCUUUACUGUGUUCCUAUGGAAUGGAUGACUAUAUACACUUAUCAGAAGCUGUGCUUGAUGGAACCAAAGUACAAUUGCAGCCUCUCUCGAGCAUUCUCAGCAGCUGUCACCUAAAACAACUGGUACUCUUGCCCAACGCUGUGGGUGCCAUCACAGACUCUAACUGCCUGCGUCUCUGGAAGUUCCAUGAUGUUAUGUCCUAUGAGUCACAGGGAGGCUCAAAAUUCAUAGAGACACUGCCUCUGCACCAGUGCACCAUCACAUCCUUUGACGUCUGCUUGUCCUUGAGUCUUUUCGUCACAGCUGGUAGUGAUGGCUCCGUCCGGAUCUGGGACUUCCAUGGUAGACUCAUAGCCAUGCUGGACUCAUCACUGCACUUUGGUCCAGUCUGCUUUGCAAAUGACCGGGGUGACCUGCUUGUGACUUUCAACCAGGGUCUUUAUCUGGUAUCCUGUUUAAAACUGCUUCCCCCUACCCUGCUUUCUCUCCUUCCCCUAAGGAGCAUAACAGACGAAGUGCUGGAAGCCCCUAAGCCUUUCAUACCAAGCUUCUUCCUCUCUUUUGAGACCAUGUUUUUGCCCAAGUAUAUCUACGCUGGUCAAGGGAAACAGGAAUUUGUGGGUCUGCAGAGCCUUGUCAAUAAGCGGGCCAUUGCCUUUGACCAUUCUGUGCCACAUGUCAUAGAAGAUGAGGAUGGGAGCCCUGUGUUACGCUCCUGCAAACAUGAGGAAAGGGUGGCAAUGGACUGGAUGCAGAUGAACAAACCUCCCCAUCACCGUUACGUGGUUCCUCCUCAGUUACAACUGACUUACUGGGAUGGACUCAACCCUUAUGAGAUAUUGAGAUGCUACUUUGGCUAUGGGCGGGAAUGGACCCUUGCCCCCGAUUGCUACAUCCCCAACUCAGUAAUUCGUGCCCGUCUUUGGCCAGAGGGCAGCCCGAUACACCUACAGUGCAACCUGCACUCACCUCAGCGGGAACUGAACUGGGCAACAUCUCAGCCCUUCUUCUUCUGGCACAGUAGGGUAAGAAAUUUAAGUGAAGCACAAGAAUAUGAAGAGAAGGACGAAAGCUUUCUAGCAUUGAGAAAGUCCAAGGAUGGAACCUACAAUGUCCUUAUAGAUGCAGCUAACCGUAGUUGGCUGGGAAGAAAAAUGAGUGAAAUAGCUAUUAGUAGCCUAAUCAAGACAAUCCUCAAUAUUAUGAUCCAUGCUUCCCCAAUGAAGUUCCAGUGCUGUAUUGGUGCACUAGGGCAGAUCUUUGCCUCUUACCAGGUGUUGCCCUCCCUCCGCUCUGAGACAGCCCAUCGUCUGCUGGAUGAUACAACCAAUGCUAACCCACUGAUCCGAGAGCUAGCCUGGGAAGGGCUGAAGCGUCUAGGAAUGGUCACUCAUCUCUUCGCCUUGCCUCUGACCCAAGGGCUAAUGGAUAAGGACGAAAGAGUGAGGAAUAAGGCCCUCACCAUCAUGCCUGAGAUUGGAAUCCACUCUAGGACCUCACUCUUAAACUUGAUCCAGAGACAAGAGACUUUCCAGGAACUCCAGCAACAGAUGGUUGGGGAGGAAUCCCUGGACCGCCUGCUGGGGAUGCGGCCCACAGAUCUCCAAAUCCUUUUCACUCAAGUGCAGCAGCGACUGAAUGAAAAUUUGACCUUGUCAAAAGAAGAUAAGAAGCCUCAUUUUUCUUUAUAUGUCUCAAGGGCUUCUGUAUCUAGGUCCCCUUCCAUACAACCUGCCACUGAAGAAGUUGAAGUCAAGCACAGCAAAGGCCAAAGACGAGGUCGAGCAGGGGGCAGAAAACAUACCCGAAAAUUGUUGCGAGGUCUCAGAAAGAUGAAAGAAGGAGACUCUAAACAGAUGAGCACAGAGCCAGGCCCCAUAGAAGCUGAAACUGAUCAGAGUGAAACUGCACCACUUGAGAUGGAGGACACAACCUUCCACACAAGGUCUUCUGUCAGUAGUUUAAAGGGCUUUCAAGAUGUUGAAUUUUCAGAGACAGAUGUUUCAAAGGAUGACAUUGCUCUGACUCUCAAGGUGCUAAAGAAAAUUCAUGACACAAGAGUCAAGAAAGCUGCAGCACAGAAACCCAUAAAGAAGCACAAGAAAAGAAAAGAAGAAAAAGUUUUAGUUGGGGAAGCUUUGCCAACUAUAAUAGAAGAACCAGUAAAGAAAGUAAUUAAAGCUCAGGGGCGGGAUGCUGCUGGAAUGCCUGGCCAAAGGGCUGGACAUGGUGCCUUAUGGAGAGAGGCUCUAUGUAGUCUUACGACCCUGAGGCUAUCCGGAUCCCAAACAAAAAUGUCAGAAGAUCUAAACACUGAGUUGGUGACUAUGGCUCAGGAGAUUCUGGCAGAUCGGCAACCCAGCUGGGAGCUCUUUCGGGAGAUCUGCCCCUUGUUGAAGAAAGAAAGCAAGGAUAUGCUUGAAGACCUUGCCUGGGAUGCAGUGUGGCCAGAGGAGAAACCAACUUUUAUCUAUGAAGAAGCAAUUAGAAAGGAUAUGGUUAUUAGAGACAAAACAGAAAUACCAGAGGAGCAAAAAGAGCAAGUGCAAAAGGAAGAAAGGGAUGUGCAGGGCUUGCAGGAAGUAAUUCCAAAAAAGGCAAAAAAGAAAGUUAGCUUUUUAGAACCAGGUGACCUAAGUAAGAGAAAACAAAAGUCAAAGAAGGAAGAAAAGAAAUGCUCUAAGAAAGUAUCUACAGAAGAGAGGAAGACAAUACAAGAAGAAACUAAAGUAGGUAUAAAAGAGAGGAAAAUGACCAAAGAAGAAGAGGAGUCAAGUGAGAGGAAAAUGACCAAAGAAGAGGAUUCAAGCAAGAAAGUAGAGGAAAUGACAAAAGCAGAGGAGGAAGUGACUGAACAAAAAGAAAAACCAAUUAUUGCUGAAAUAAUGCUGUCUUGGCAGGAGUGGAAGAACUCAUGGAAUCAGUGGAAGCAGGCCCACGACAAGACAAGAAUAUCCUGGGAAGAAUGGAAGCAAGAGUGGGACAGAAAGCAUCUUCAAGAAGAAAAAAAAAUACCCCAGGCUAAAGAGAAGCUAUUCCCAGAGGAAGAAAUACCAGAGGGUGGGGGAGGGAAGCUUAGAUGGGAUGAGUGGAGACAGCUCUGGGAAAAUAUAUUGUCAUCCAAAGAAGAAGAAGAAGAAGAAGAAGAAGAAGAAGAAGAAGAAGAAGAAGAAGAAGAAGAAGAAGAAGAAGAAGAAGAAGAAGAGCUUGUCACAGAAGAGCAAAGACAGAUCCAGGAAGAGCAGACAAAGAUCAGGAAGCAGAGAAAAGUAGCCCAAAAUAAAAGACAACAAGCCAAAGAAGAGAAAAGACUAGCAGAAGAAGAAGAGAAACUUGCACAAGAAGAGAGAAAGUUGGCUCAGGAAGAGAAAAAACUGGCCCAAGAAUAUGUGAAACUCUCCCUGAAAGAUGAGAAAAUGGACCAGGAAAAGAGUAUGUUUGCCAAGAAAGAGGAAAAACUGGCCCAGAGAGAGGAGGUGCUAAGCCACAAAGCAGAGCAGUUGGCCCACAAAAGGAAGAAACUGGCCAAGAAAUUGGAGAAAACUGCCCAAGAAGAAGAAAAACUAGCAAAGAAAGAAGAGAAAACUAUUGAGGUACAAAUGCUAUUGGCCAAGAAAGGGGAAACACUGAAGCAAAAGGAGCAAAGGCUAGAAUGGGAAGAAAAUGACUUGGCCCAGGAACUUGAGGAACUGGAAAGGAACAUGGAAGAUCUGGCUUUAAAAGAAGUUGAGCUGGACCAGGAAGAAGAGAGACUGGCUGAGGAAAAGGAGGAACUGGCUCAGGAAGAGAAGAUACUGGUUUGGCGAGAGGAGACUCUGGCUAAGAAAGAGAAAGCACUGGCCCAGGAAGAAGAGCUGCUGGUGCAGGAAGAAGAGAAACUGGCCCAGGACAAGGAAAAAAACCCCAGGGAAGCAAGAAGAUUGGCUCAGAAAAGGCAGAAACUGAUAGAGAAAAAAGAGAAACUGGCCCAGGAAAGGGAAAAACUGGUCCAGAACAAGAAAGAAUUCACCCAGAAAAAGGAGAGGCUGGCCCAGAAGGAAGAGAAUCUGGCUCAGAAAAGGAAGAAUUUGGCUCAGGAAGAGGAAAAACUGGCUCAAAGAAAAAAGUAUCUCCAUCAUGUCAAAGAAGAACUCCUCCAGGAGAGAGCGCGAUUAGCUCAGGUAAAGCAGAAAAUGGGUACGUACAAGGAGACCCUGGAUCAGGUAGAGGAGAAGCUGAAACAGGAAAAGGAGAUAGUGCUCAAGAAGAAGGAGAAGCUGGAUGCUAUAGAGAAGAAACUGGUUCAAGCAGGUGGAAUUCUGGCUAAAAAUCAGGAGAAAGUGGCCCAGGAAAAAAUGGAAUUAUCUUUGGAGAAGAAGGCAGUGUUCCAAGGAAGGAACUUGCUCAGAGAUGAGCUUGAUAUUGCUAAGAAAGAAACAUCAUUGAACAUGGAAAUGAAGAUGUUGGCCCAAAAGAAGAUUAGACUGGCUGAGGUAAUGGAAAUUCUCUCCAAGGAAGGGACUCAAGAAACUUCAAGAAAGACAAAACUGACUAAGCAAGAAAUAGAUGUGAUGAAGAAGAAAUUGUCACUAGAGGAGAAGAUAAUAAAAUAUAAAGAUAGGAUUCUGGCCACAGAGGAAAAGGAUGUUGCCAAAGGAAAACUGGAAUUUACUACUGAACAGAGAGUAUAUGCAAAAGAAGAAAGGAAGUUAGCUAAAGUUAUAAGUAAGUUGGUUAAAGAAAAGAAGGACAUUUUUAAGGAGCCAACAAAAAAGAGCAGUGUCAUGAAAGUACUUCAAAAACUAGUCAGCGAUGAAAGGAAAAUAACCCAGGAAGAAAUAAAGAUGACAAAGAUAAAGCGGUCACUUAUUGUCAAGGAGAGCAGACUGAGCAAGGAACAGAGCAGACUUGAUAUCAAUGAGUUGAAUUUUUCUGAGCAGUGUGGCGAAUUGGCCACAGAUGAAGAGAAACUGGCCAGGGAGCAGAGAAAAUUGGCCAAGAAAAUGAGAAAUAUUACAAAUCAAGAGGAAAAAAUGACCGGGGAAGAAAGUAGACUGGCCAAGGAACAGAGAGAAGUCAUACAGGCUGUGGAAGAGGAAGAAAAAAUAGAGGAGGAAGAGAAAAUCCCAUUCUUUAAACAGAAGUGGAGGAAAAAAGAACAGCCAAAAGAAAUCGAUACCCUAAAGGGAAAGUUCUACAUAAAUGUGUAUGAGAGGGAAAGUGAAGAAAACACUUCUAAGGAAAUAGAAAGCCUGUUAGAAAAAGUAGAGCAAGACAGUUUGUCUGAUGAGGAGGUGGAAGAAGAGGAAGACGAAGAAGAGGAGGAAGAGGAAGAGGAAGAGGAGGAAGAUGAGGAAGAGCAGGAGGAAGAGGAGGCAGCACAGGAGGAAGAAAAGAAAAAGAUGGAGGUGAAGGAGGGUGAGAUGAAGGUGGAGAAAGAGGAAGAGAAAGAGGAGGAAGAGGAGGAAGAGCAGGAGGAAGAGGAGGCAGCACAGGAGGAAGAAAAGAAAAAGAUGGAGGUGAAGGAGGGUGAGAUGAAGGUGGAGAAAGAGGAAGAGAAAAAGAUGGAGGUGCAGGAGGAGGAGGAAGAGGAAAAGAAGGAAGAGAAGGAAAAGAAGAGGAUGGAGAAGGAAGAGAAGAAGGAAAAGGAAGAGAAGAGGAAGAAGAAAAAGAAAGUGGAAGAGGAGGAUGAAGGUCCCAAGAAAGAGGAAAAAAGCAUGGGUGAGGAAGAGUUGGAAAAUUUGAGUGAGACAGAAGAAGAGAGAAGCUCAAUAGAAGAGGACAAAGAAAAAGACAUCUUUAAAGAAGAAAAACUAUUUAAGUUAUAGGAAGAAAGAGGAAAGGACCUGCAAGGAAGGGAAAUGGUCCCUUCUAUUAGAGAAAGAUCCUUUGGGGUCAAAGGCAGUGGUAUAAAAUGGCUUUCCAUUCUAAAAAGCCCUUCCAGACAAAUGAUCUCAGUACCUAAGGAUAUGGGAUGGAAGAUACAAACGCUGCUGCCAGCUAAACAAAUAUCCUUGGAAGGAAAACCCAUGGCACUUCAGACAUACAGGGCAUCCUCAAAGUUAAAACUGAAGGAUAAAGAAAGAGAACUGUUGGAGAAAUACAAACCCAUGCCUCUAUAUGUUCUGGAUACAAUUUUAGUGUCCCAAGAGCAGGACAUGAAGAUAUCAUUCACAUCCGACAUAUUUAGGAAAACAACAGAGGCUCACAAAUUCCUACAUAGACUCCCAGAUGCCAGAUGGAAGAGGUUUUAGCAGCAUCAUCCAGCUCUGAAAGAACGAAGGAGAGUACAACGACCCCUUCCCCAGAUCCUUGCUGACAAACAAUAUCCAGAGGUAGAGGUAAGCCUCUCAGAUGUAGAGUGGAUCCGCCAGUUCCUAGAAGAGAUGGAAGCUGGAGAACAGCUUUCCAGAGAUAGCUUUCACAGACUGUGUCAACUCCUCAAAGACCUGACCUCAGAGGGAAACUUAGAGUGGCUACGUCCGGCCAUGCUUGAAGCCAUUGUGCACCAUCACAUGCAGGCUCUGGAAUCCCAAAGCACAAGGGCCUCAAAGACCAGUGGGGAGUCCAUGGGUCUGAAACACCUGAAAGUGAUUCCUCCUAUAAAAGGAAAGGAAAAGGAAAGUUGGCUAAAACCUUUGAUUGUUCCUACACCAAAGUCCUCAUUACCUUCCAAGAGGAUUAUAGACCCAAAUGCUACAAAUUGGCAUCUUUUAGGCGAGCCUUUCAGGAGUACACAGAUACAGCAGUUAUCCAAUGCCCUCAGAGAAAUGCAGACACAUUUUUAUCCUGUCACAAGAGACCUUUUCACAGGUGCCCAUGCCUCUGUGGACAAACAAACCCUGGCACUUAUGUUUCAGAAGGAACUUAGGGCUUUUAAGGGUAAGGACAAGCUGCCCAAAUUGGAGAAGAAGACACAGCCUAUCUCACAAAAGAAGGAAAAGGCACCUCCAUGGGAGACAUUUGUGGCACUGUACCAUGUUUUGCGGAUGCUCCAGCAGCGAUACGCCAAAGACACUGCUGCUUGGAUGGAACAGUUCCAUCAGCUCAUGGACUUGUACCAGCUCAAGUCCCCCAGAAUCCAGAGGCUGCUACAAGAUCUGCUACUGAGAGAGGAGCCUCAACCCAAACAGAUCAUCUACAAAGAGGCCCUGAAUGCCACUGAGCUAGUACCCGGGGAACGGGUGUUCUACUGCUUGGUUUGUGGUGGCUCUCAUACCCCAAGAAGCACUCUUGGGUUCCAGGAUGUGCUACCUCUCCCUGGACAGAAUAACGUGCACACCUCCCUUCCUGUAGGUAUUGCCAAGUAUGGAAUCUUGGAACUUGCCUGGAAGAGCCUGCCCCAAGCUGAUACUCACCUCACCAAACAAUUUCCUGACAUCAUUGCUACCACUCCCAAAUUUGGGACUGACUAGAGGUCAGGGUUUUUCAUUCUCAACUGGAGAAAGGGCUGCUCAUCAGAAUAUAGACAUUUAGGGACCAGAUCAAAGCCCUGUCCUUACCCAGCUCUAGAAACCCGUUUCUGUAUGUGGAAUAAAGAGGAGGUUCUUUUUUGCAACAAGCACUUCGAUGUGUUCCUUUUCCCCAAAGUUACUUUUUUUAGGAAGAUCACCAGAGACACAUACUUUUGUGAGUGGGAAAAUGUCCAGCAGCCAGUGGUACUCACCUGUGGAGUUCCUGAAGAAUCUGUCCUUGUUCUCUUCCUUCCUUAUCUCCCACUAUCACUCCCCCAACCCCGCAAAAAAAAAAAACAAAAACAAAAACAAAAAAACUACAGAAUGGAAAGCAACUGUCACAAAACUAAUGUAUAUUUGCAUUAAUAUAAGAAGUGGAAAGAGAAUGGAUUUAAGAACCAGAAGACCUAACAUUCUUCCUCUGUGGAAUCAAAUUCCCUGAUCACUGCCAAGCAUGACUUGAGUCUCAAAUAGCAAUUGUGUUGGAUAUUGAGAUCCUUAGAGUAAAGAAAAAAGCUUCACCAAGUUUGAGCCAGCACCAUCUGUUGAGUUCAUCACUGAAUCCCACUAAAGAGUGAACCCAUUUGAGGUUAAAGCAGAAAGAAAAUAAGAGAAGCUUAUGUCUUUCAUUGCUUUCACUGUCACCGGGAUGUGGGGUUUGACAGAAUGAUGAAAUAAGAAUUAGGAAGCCUAGCUGUAGGCUCAAAUAGACCCCCAGCUGUCUAGAAAUUUAUUUAGGAUCCUUCCUUCCAA